CCUCUGUUGAUGUUGUUGUUAUCCUUCCGCGUUUGGAGGGUCCAGUGAGCGUUCGAGAGCCGUCUCUCAUUUUCAGUGUUCUAACCGGGAUCGUAGCUGAUGAGCUUUAUGGAAGUGAAAGAUUUAAGUUUAUAACGUCACCGUAAGGAAACUGAGCCGAAAAUGGAGCCCAUUAUGGUAUUAUCGCUCUUGUCGAUAGCAAUGUUAGGUGGAUGUUACAUUGCUGGGUCUAUUCCACUUGUGAUGACGAUGUCAGAGGACCGAAUGGAAGUAAUCACAGUCUUAGGGGCUGGAUUACUUGUUGGAACAUCCUUAACUGUCAUCAUACCUGAAGGUGUCAACACUUUAUUUAACAUCAGUCCAGGUCCUAAAGCUGCAUCUACAUCUAGUGAAGGACAUAGCCAUGACCAUGCCCAUGAAGGUGAAGAAAGAAUGGAACCUCACAAUUUAGUUGGACCACCAUUAGUUUUGGGUUUUCUUCUUAUGCUUCUUAUCGAUCAGUGUUCUGGUGGACAUCGUAAAGCAGAUGCCGAGAAUGGAAGCAGUCGAGGGAGCAGAUCAUCAUUCACUGCUACUCUUGGUCUUGUAGUUCAUGCAGCAGCUGAUGGUAUUGCUCUUGGUGCAGCAGCUGCAUCUUCCCAUACAGAUGUUGAAAUGAUUGUAUUUUUUGCAAUUAUGCUUCAUAAGGCACCAGCUGCAUUUGGUUUGGUUACAUUCUUAUUGCAUGAAGGCCUAGAAAGAAAUAAGAUUCGUCGUCAUUUAUUGAUAUUUGCUCUAGCAGCCCCUAUUGGUGCAUUUGUUACUUAUCUUAGUAUUAUUCAGAGUGGAACAGAAACCCUCUCUUCAUCUCACAGUACAGGUGUUGCAAUGCUGUUUAGUGCUGGAACAUUUCUGUAUGUUGCAACUGUACAUGUUCUUCCAGAACUGACUAAUCAUAGCCAUGACGGAGGAGGGCAGUUUUCUCGCAAACAGUUGCUAGCAUUGAUUUGUGGUUCAUUGCUUCCAUUAUUUUUGACCUUUGGUCACCAUCAUUAACAGUAAUUCCAAUGUGAUAGCGCCCCUAUGGUCUAUCAUUGUUGAAAUAUUUUACCAAAAUUAUUGUUAACUUUAUGUCUUUAUGCAGUAUUAAGACAAUAUGUAUGAUUUUUGUUUAGUGCACAAAUCCUUUAGGCAAGCAGUGUUAGGGUGAGUGGAUGUCUGUGAUACAUGUGGUAAGUUAUAACUGUUAAUUUUUUGUAUUGUAAGUAUAGAAAAAAGUACUUGCCAAGCUGUAUUUUCAAUAUUGUUUGGAAAUGUUUUAUAUCUGAAAUCAACUAAUAUGAAGUUGAUGUUUCUAAGUAGAUGCAAAGACCUACAGGGUUGUGAUUAAGCUCUUUUUAAGCUUUAUGUAUGGUUGCUCACACUAUUUUAUCUUCUGUGCAUAACAUAAAGGCCUUUUAUUACUAGAUUGCACUAAUCAUCUACAAAAAUCUUUCAGAAUUUGUUUGAAGUUAAUGAGUAAAAAGUUUUUAUAUAUUUUAUGUUGGUAGUUUUAUAAGAUAUAUAAGUUCUAGAAAAUUCAUCCUUUUACUUUGUACCUGUUAAACAUGGUGAUACAUCUGAGGUAUUAGUAUAUGUGGUCUUUACAAAGAGGCUUAAUUUUUACUAUUAAAGUGACAGAUCCAUGGAAUGGAGUCAUUACACCAGCAUUCAUUGAAAGCCCUUUACAUUCCUGAAUAAUAAUCACCAGUUUUAAAAGCUCACGGAGCAGAGGUUAUCUCAAAAUACACUUAGGAAAACAUGUGACCAUCCAAGCCUUUGAGAGACAGAACAGAGGAAAACAUUAGAUCAUCUAAACCCUUGGGAGAUACAUCUGCUGUUGUGUAGUUUUCAGCAGACAGAAUAGUAAAACUAUAUAUAUAUAUAUAUAUAUAUAUAUAUAUAUAUAU